CCUUCACCCCAAAUCUGGAACACACACAAUGUAUUAUUCUCAGUUCUUAUCCCGGGUUUGCAUGCCUCAUGCAGUGUUAUUACAACCUAAAGAAAGUUGGAACAGUUCAAAAUCAAAUGAUGAAAUCAUAGUUGGUCAUUGCACGAAGGUCCCACGAAAUUCGAACUUGGAGAAACUACGUAGUGGAUAUCUUUUUCCUGAGAUAUCCAGGCAUGAAUCUGAACACUUGCGGAAGAACCCAGAUGCAAGCUUAAUAAGACUUGGAAUUGGCGAUACAACACAGCCUAUACCAGACACCAUAACACUAGCAAUGGCUGAGCAAGUUCGUGGCCUAUCAACGAUUCAAGGUUAUAGAGGAUAUGGAGCCGAACAAGGCAACAUGCCAUUAAGGAAGACAAUUGCAGGAAAAUUUUACCAGGAUAUGGGUAUUAAAGCUAAUGAGAUUUUCGUAUCGGACGGUGCACAAUGCGACAUUUCUCGCCUUCAGACGCUUCUAGGAUCCAAUGUUACAGUGGCUGUGCAGGACCCAUCUUUCCCUGCCUAUAUUGAUUCAAGUGUCCUGGUUGGUCAAGCUGGUGAGUUAGAAGAGGAAACAGGCAAGUAUGGGAACAUUAUCUAUAUGAACUGCGGGCCUGAGAAUAAUUUCUUCCCUGAUCUAUCAACAAUCCCAAGGACAGAUAUCAUUUUCCUUUGUUCACCAAACAAUCCCACGGGCCAUGCUGCAUCAUGGCAGCAACUAAAGCAACUCGUAGAGUUCGCAAAGGCCAAUGGAUCAAUCAUAGUGCAUGACUCUGCCUAUGCUGCUUAUAUCAGAGAUGGAAGCCCGAGGUCCAUCUUUGCAGUUCCUGGAGCCAAAGAGGUUGCCAUUGAAAUUUCAUCCUUCUCCAAAUUUGCUGGUUUUACAGGCGUCCGACUUGGCUGGACGGUGGUCCCUGAGGAGCUCUUGUACUCCAACGGCUUCCCUGUUAUAAAGGAUUUCAACCGCAUUGUUUGCACUUGCUUUAAUGGCGCAUCAAAUAUUGCCCAGGCUGGAGGCCUUGCAUGCCUUUCAACAGAUGGUUAUCAGGACCUAUGCAAGGUGAUUGACUACUACAUGGAGAAUGCUAAAAUACUGGUAGAUGGAUUUACAUCACUUGGAUGGAAGGUUUAUGGUGGGAAGAAUGCACCCUAUAUAUGGGUACACUUUCCAGGAAUGAGUUCCUGGAAUGUAUUCGCUGAAAUUCUGAAGAAAACAAACAUAGUGACAAUUCCAGGGAGGGGAUUUGGACCUGCGGGCGAAGAGUAUAUUAGAGUCAGUGCAUUUGGUCAAAGACAAAUUACUUUAGAAGCUUUAAGGCGGCUCAAUUCCUUUCUAUAAAUGUUACCUCAAAUAUAAAUUAUAAGCAAGGGGAACAUAUAUUAAAUUUCCUUUUACUUGUCCUAAUAUAUGUGUGUGGUAGCUACCAAAAGAUAUAAUCAACUCCACUAGCAGCCACCACUUGCCUUUCCUCUUUUCUUUAUUCUUGAAAAUGAAUCGGCUUCACCUUCUUUGCUCUUA